GGGGGGUUCAUGUGUUGUUUUUCCUUUGAAAGAUUCUUAUAAUUGCAUAGCGAUAUAUGUAAUUGGCUUAACCAUCAACUUACUUUUCUUUCGCCUUUGUUUCUGAUAUUGCUGGUUAUAUACCUGGGUACUAUUGCGUCAUGGGAGGCCUAAAAGAGGAUCUGGCAUACGACCCCCCAUGUCAUCCACGGGCAUGCGCCAUUCAAAGCUGUUUAACGAAGAACUCAUACCAGGAAGAAAAGUGCCAAUCCCAGAUAAAUGCUCUGUAUGAAUGCUGUAACGCCUUCUACCAAGCUCAAGGGGAGGAUGCAAAGACGCCCAGUUGCCCUAAGCCCAGUCUACUCAAGCUGAGGAUGAAACAACGUGGUCAAGGCAACUGAGACUCUCGCUCUCUUUUUAUCUUGCAUAGAUACUUCUUGUCCGUUGCAAUGCAACAAGACCUGUUCAUACUGCUGUCCAUAUAUAUAAACUACGAGCUGUUAAGCCUGGGCCAGCAUUAGAGUACUCCAGAGAGGAAUAGAAUUGAAAAUUUACGAAGCGAUGUGACAACCCCUUUGCAGUCUCAGCCCUCAUGCGUCAGGAGGUUCUAGACUAGUUGUAAGAAUUGCCAUAAUUCCUCUAAGACAAUCUUGAGCACGCAAAGAGGCCGAUUGACCUGAACGAAGAUUGAAGCGCUCGUUCCGAGAC